AGUUUGAGCUCAUUUGUGGCCGAAACCGCGUGAAAGUUGUACGCUGCCGCGAAUCUCCGACGAACGACGAAGAAAGGAAAAAUAUAUUAUAAAAAAAAAGAAAAUAUAAAAAAGUUCGAAGUAGAAAAUUUAAAUUGGAGUAGCCGCACGUGUGUGUGUUUCAUUACAUUAAUUCUUACGUUCGUCUAACUAACGUUGAGAGCGCUUGAAGCCUAUAUAUAUGUGAUAUUUUGUUUUUUUGUUGUUGUCAAUAUUGGCCCUCGUAGAAAGGCCACGGUUUCGUGUCUCAAAGUGAAAUUAUUGUUUAUUAUUUAAGUGUUCUGUUAAACCGAACGCCAGCUGCGUUUUAUUGCACUUUCGCUGGCAACGAUCGCUAGAGAGACACAUUAACGACACUAAUAUCAGUGAAGACGUUACACUUUGAAGCGGUGCUAAUUGGGAUCACUCUUCAAGAGGUGUUAACUAGUUUUGUGCGUUUUUUUCUCCGCUGACAAAGAGCCAACACUUUUACUUUCCGCACGUUGAAAAUAAAGUCUAUAAAUAUGUUUAAACUCGGUUUGAUUUCGAUUUUAACACUAAUCAGCUGGAUUGCAACAAAUGCUCAGGACGAUGUGCAACCCUAUUUCCUUCAACAGUGCCCGCGCGAUGAGGAAUACAUUAACGAAUGCCUGCGUGACAGUGGCAAUAAAUUGGUGCAUUACUUGCGCCAGGGCGUACCUGAGCUGGAUAUUUAUGAUAUCGAACCGGUUAUCAUUGAUGAGAUUGGUAUUGUGCUGGGCAGCGGGCCGGACGGUUAUCGUGCUCUCUUCCGUAAUAUACAAGCAUACGGUGUUAGUAAUAUAACUGUAACAAAUGUGCGUUCCGAUUUGGAGACUCUACAAUUCCAGUUGACUUGCGAAAUUCCACACAUUAAAGUGCGUUCGCAAUACCGCUCGACCGGCGUCUUGAUUUUGGUGAAAGCCUCAGGUGCUGGUGAUUAUUGGGGCGAAUAUGAUGGCGUCAAAGCAAAAAUUUACUUCAAAGCCAUACCCAAUUUGGCUGACGAUGGACGCACAUACCUAACAGCCGAUCAGGUUAAAAUGGAUUUCAAUGUAAAGGAAAUAAAAAUGGGUGUGGAUAAUAUUGCUAAUGACAACACAGUGAUACAGGCCGCAUUGAAUCUCUUCAUCAAUUCCAAUGCACAGGAGCUGCUGAAGGAAAUGAAACCGGCGCUACGCACAAAACUCACGCUCGUCAUACGCAACUUCAUGGAUCGGAUAUUCGCUAAAAUACCGCUCGACCAAUGGAUCAAUUUGAAUUAGUGGUUGCGUUGGUAGUAACGCAUAUUCGCUUAAAUUACAAAAAAAAGUCCAACACUUAUCAGUUAAUUAGCUUAGCGGUAAUUUAAUGUAUUCUUAUACUAUUAGCAAUUAGUCACACUUAUUUAUUUCAAUAAAUUAUUUAAGAUAGUUAAAGGUAAUCGUUUAGAACUAAAGUUGUCACUAAGCGACAAAAUAAAAUAACCGAAACAAAUAUUCAGCGUUCGCACGAUUAUAAGAAAAUUACAGUUCUACAAAUAAAUGUAAUUUACUACUUAUAUAUUA